AUGGCUGCCGCUUCUGCUGCUUUGCAGUUUGCUGGACUGAUCCUUGGAGGCAUUGGUGCAGUUGGGACUUUCGCCAUCACGGGCAUGCCCCAGUGGCGAGUGACUGCUUUCAUCGAAAGCAACGUGGUGGUUUUUGAAACCUCCUGGGAAGGCCUGUGGAUGAACUGCAUACAGCAAUCUAACAUCAGGCUGCAGUGCAAGGUCUACGACUCCCUCUUGGCUCUGCCUCCUGACCUCCAGGCUUCCAGAGGUCUGAUGUGCGCAGCUUCAGCCCUGGCAUUCCUUGCUUUUGCAGUCGCUGUCCUUGGCAUGAAGUGUACAAAGUGCACAGGAAAUGACGACCGAAUAAAAGGGUAUAUUUUGCUGGCAGGUGGCAUCACUUUCAUUGUGACUGGCAUUGUCGUGCUCAUCCCAGUGUGCUUCGUUGCCCACAACAUCAUCCGAGACUUCUACAAUCCAGCCAUUCAGCUGGCUCAGAAGCGGGAGCUUGGCGAAGCCCUCUACAUAGGCUGGACGUCUGCCUUCUGCCUCGUCGCUGGAGGAGCAAUUCUUUGCUGUUUCUGCCGUUGUGAAGAAAAAACCAGAAGCUAUCGAUACUCAGUGCCUUCACAACGUACAGCCUUCCAGAGCCAUCGUACGCCAAGAAGGGCUGAAAGUUCGUACACUAAAAGUCAGUAUGUUUAG